UUCCGGGCUAGGGGAAAGGUGAAGAGGGGCCUCCGAGUGGCUUUUGGCUAGCUUGGCCGGGAGCGACCCGGUCAGGCAGCCUCGCUACUGCAAUACCUGCGAUCUGUGCGCCGCCGCCUCCCCUUGUCCUCUUUGGCGUGGGGCGUUCCGCUCCACAGGUGUGCGCAGAGUCCCGCGGGGAAGAGCCCACGUAGCACGCGUAUGCGGGGGGAGUACACAGGAGGCGUAGCGCCCGCCUUCCCGGACAGCGGAGCUGCUGACCGGCAGCCGGCUGUGUGGCUCCUCCCUCCUGCUGGGGAAAGACCUGUACCCCCUCUUGCACCGUCCCGCACGGCUCCGCUCUCACCCCUUGCCCUUUCUCUGGUGCUCCCCACCCUGUGGUCCCACCCGCCCGGCCUGGCGCUGUGAGGAGGCGGCGGGGAGCGGCGGUGGUCGCGCAGCCGCCUACCGCUCCCCUAGCCCUUUUCUCGGCUGCCGCCCCGGAGGUGCUGCCCGCCGCGGGGUGGGGGGAUGCCGACGCAGCGGGACAGCAGUGGCAACAGCACCAUGUCGGCUCCUGGCGGCGGAGGGGGCGGCCUCGGCGGGGACAGCGCCCACCAGGUCCGGGUGAAAGCCUACUACAAGGGGGAUAUAAUGAUAACCUAUUUUGAACCUUCCAUAUCAUUUGAGGGACUAUGCAGUGAAGUUCGAGACAUGUGCUCGUUUGACAAUGAGCAGCUUUUCACCAUGAAAUGGAUUGAUGAAGAAGGAGAUCCAUGUACAGUUUCUUCUCAGCUGGAGUUAGAAGAGGCCUUUCGGUUAUAUGAACUAAACAAGGAUUCUGAGCUUCUAAUUCAUGUAUUCCCUUGUGUACCAGAACGGCCUGGCAUGCCUUGUCCUGGAGAAGAUAAAUCCAUUUAUCGCCGAGGUGCCCGCCGGUGGCGAAAGCUCUAUUGUGCAAAUGGUCACACUUUCCAAGCCAAACGAUUUAACAGGAGAGCUCAUUGUGCCAUCUGCACUGAUCGAAUAUGGGGCCUGGGUCGCCAAGGAUAUAAAUGCAUCAAUUGCAAACUACUUGUUCACAAGAAGUGUCACAAACUUGUCAGUACUGAAUGUGGCCGACAUACACUACAACCGGAGCCAAUAAUGCCUAUGGAUCCGUCAUCAGUGCAUCCAGAUAACGUAGAAUCAGUUAUUCCAUAUAAUCCCUCAAGUCAUGAAAGCUUGGACCAUGUUGGUGAAGAAAAAGAGGCAAUGAGCAUUAGAGAAAGUGGUAAAGCUUCCUCCAGUCUGGGUCUUCAGGAUUUUGAUUUGCUCCGAGUUAUAGGAAGAGGCAGUUAUGCUAAAGUACUGCUUGUUCGAUUGAAGAAAACUGAACGCAUUUAUGCAAUGAAAGUGGUGAAGAAAGAGCUUGUCAAUGAUGAUGAGGAUAUUGAUUGGGUUCAGACAGAGAAACACGUCUUUGAACAGGCUUCAAAUCAUCCCUUUCUUGUUGGACUACACUCUUGCUUCCAGACAGAAAGCAGGUUAUUCUUCGUUAUAGAGUAUGUGAAUGGAGGAGAUCUAAUGUUUCAUAUGCAGAGACAGAGAAAGCUGCCAGAGGAGCAUGCCAGGUUUUAUUCUGCUGAAAUCAGUCUAGCCUUGAACUAUUUACAUGAACGAGGGAUAAUCUAUAGAGAUUUAAAACUGGAUAAUGUGCUACUAGAUUCUGAAGGGCAUAUUAAACUCACAGAUUAUGGCAUGUGCAAGGAGGGCCUGAGGCCUGGUGACACAACCAGCACAUUCUGUGGGACUCCAAACUAUAUUGCACCUGAAAUUCUCCGGGGAGAGGAUUACGGCUUCAGUGUAGACUGGUGGGCACUUGGUGUGCUUAUGUUUGAAAUGAUGGCGGGCCGGUCACCAUUUGAUAUUGUUGGGAGUUCUGACAAUCCUGAUCAGAACACAGAAGACUAUCUCUUCCAAGUAAUUUUGGAAAAACAGAUCCGAAUUCCCCGAUCCCUUUCUGUUAAAGCAGCAGGUGUUCUAAAGAGCUUCCUUAAUAAGGAUCCAAAGGAACGUUUAGGCUGCCAUCCUCAAACAGGAUUUGCAGAUAUCCAGGGACAUCCAUUCUUUCGCAAUGUUGACUGGGAUCUGAUGGAGCAAAAACAAGUGGUGCCUCCAUUUAAACCAAAUAUAUCUGGAGAAUUUGGUCUGGAUAACUUUGAUUCCCAAUUCACCAAUGAACCUGUACAACUCACUCCAGAUGAUGAUGACAUUGUGAAGAAGAUUGACCAGUCAGAAUUUGAAGGCUUUGAAUAUAUAAAUCCUCUUCUGAUGUCAGCUGAGGAAUGUGUCUGAAUUCUCCACUUCUGGACUGUGCCAAUUGUUACUCUGUUUCUGCAUGGAUAAACAUCUCUUCAUUUGGAUGCACUUGCAUAAAAUGAGUAACCGAACAUUUUACCCUUGCCAUGUAGUGUGAAUUACUCACUAAUUUUUCUUUUUGUAUUAAUUUUCGUCCAGGACAGUUGUUAUGCUGAACCUUCAGCUGCCACAUUUUAAAUGUUCAACUUUCCAACAGUCUUGCCAAACUUGAACUUUAAGAUCACAGUUGGUUUCUGGGGCUCCAGACUGCACAAAAGGAUAAUCUGCCAAUACAGUGUUCUGAUAAAGGAAAAUUUUCUUAUUGUUUUAAGAACACAAGGUGCAUUAGGGGAUGUAGUAAAAUAUCAUUAAAGGACUUCCAUUUUUCCAGCAAGAGAAGUAAGACCUUAUGACUUCCGUCAUCCUAAAUCUCUCCUCUCUGAAUAUCUGAUUUCCUGUUCUUCUGAACUUAGAGCUGUGUUACUGCCCUUCAAGUUGAAAAGACAAUAAGGAGAGCAGGUUUUUAAACUGAGUAGGUCAAGAAUGGCUGCUUUCACAGGAUAUAUUGAUCCUGUUCUAAAGGAGAUGAUUAUUAGAAUCAAUAGACUUUGCUCAAAAAUUACAUGCUAGGAAUAGCACGCUGAAACGCAGAGUGCCUUUCUGAGCCUGUCCCUUUCAGUGAGGGUUGUCCAUGCUGUAAAGUGUCAGUUUAAAUAAAUGGAAUUCACUUAAUACUUUUGAAAAGUUAAAAUCUGUAGCAUGUAGGUUAGUGGUAAUGGGCAGCUAAUAUUGACAUAGAACAUCAUGCUAUUACUUCUUGCUUUUAUACUUCCUGUCCGCACCAUAUCGGAGCUGCACAUGUUACAGCCACUGCCUAGAUAAGGGCAUUGUUUCCUUUUUUUAAUCUUACUGCCACGCUUUUGGAAAUUCAUUCCACUUUGCCAGUGGAAAAAACACACUGGGGGGGUAGAGGGGGAAAGGUGCUGUCUGUAAUAAUUCCCUUCACUUCUCCACUUGCAGAUGGCGGUUUAUGACCACAAUCAAACCUUGAAUGUUGGUAAUAGACUCAAAGUUAAUAGGAAAACAAUUGGAAUCAGUUGAAAGUACCAUUCAAACUAGGACUUCUGGCAGGUGUGAUUCUUACAUUUCAGGUUAGUGAACAGUGUAAUAUACAGCACAGAUGAUUCUUAUUUUUAAUGCUUAAGGAAUAGUUUUGGAUGUCUUGGGCUGAAGAAAUGCCAAAUGUACCACUUUUUUAUUAUUUUGGGGAAAAGGGAUUAAGAGACACUGAAGAAAAGAGUCUGUGUUAUAUGAGUAAGAGCUGUAAGGAAAGCUGAGUGUUACUGUAAGCAGAUCUAAGUAUCUGUAAGCACAAGUUAGCAAACCUUACCUAAAACUUCUAAGAAACCUGCUUGCUCAUUGCAUCUCCUUGAAAAUACUUGUAUGGCCACACUGUAAAUCCAUGGCACAAAUCUUGCAGUGUACGUUUUUUUUUUUCACUUGCAUGUUAGCUUCAAGGAGAGAUUGCACAAAUGCACAGUACUGUCAUGGUACAUAGUAUUUAGUUGAUAUUUUUCUUUGCAGUGUGAAUGGGAAACUUUAAGUAUCAGGCUCAGUUUUUCAAAACUGGGAAGUGAUUGGAGGGGCCUCAGUUUCAGGAAAGCAUUGAUCCUCCACACUUAAACAUCAGGUUUCCUUAAAUUCAAGUUGUAUAUUUUCAAAUGCAAAAUAUUGCAGUAAACUUACUUCUAAAGAGCAGCUAAUAACUUCAGCACAUUUAGUUCAUAUCAAGUGAACUGCUUACAUGCAGGUUUGAAAUUGUGAUUGUUUAGCCUCUGACUUCUGCACCUGCAUGCCUAGUUUUAGACAUCAGGACUUAAUGUUAGAUAUUAAACUUGGAAGUUAUUUAAAGCAAACAAGAAAAGCCUUGUCUCUACAGUGGCUUAAUUUCAUAUGGGGUAUUAAGAUGGUUUUACGUAAAGAAGGGCAUUUCUGCUAUUCAUCACAGCAGAGUAAUGGAGUAAAACACUGUCUUCUGUGCUUAAAGCAGAAAUUAAUUUUUUUUUACAGAUGUCACAGAGGAUGUACUUUUUCUAUGUACAUGUGUAACCAUUAAGAAUGUUGCUAAGUGACAGACAUCUUAAAUGACUGUAAAUCCAUUUUUGAACCUUAAUUUUCUUCAAAGUGCCAUGAUAUUAACAGUUAUUUUUUUAUUGUUAAGUAUAUAGCAAUGGUCAAAUAUUCAGAAGGGACAUUGAGUGUAAACAGUCCAGUGCCGUAGGCUUUGUCUUUUGGAGAAAGUGUCUGCAUCAGGAGCAUGAUGUAUAUAUGUGGAAUUACCUCCUUUUUGUAUGUGAGUUGGAUUCUUAUGGGUACUCUGCUAGUUAAUAUUGUUACUACUAUUUUCCUGUUUCACAUGGAAUAUGGUCUUGAAUGUUGUGUAAUCAUUCCCUUUAUUUGUGCACACUUUUUACUUUAAAUAAAAUAUUUGUAUUAGG